AGCGUUGGAGAGAGAGAGAUGGUUGGCGGAGGCCACGGAGACUGACCUGUGGCCCCAUAGCUCCAGCUUCGUCGUCGAUGUACCUGCAACAAGGCGCCACCUUCACAGAGAGAUGUAUUGGGUGGUGCGAGUGAGGGGAGGUGAGGGGUGUGUAUAGGGGAGAGGCAGUAUCUGAUGGAUACUUGGCUAUUCGCCAAUAUCUACGUAGGAAGUGGUGGACUUGAGAAAGUGAGAUCGGAGUUGUCGUUGGAUAGGUCUGGGGACAUUGAUGAGAGAUUGGCGUUUGGUGAAAGAGGGUGGGGGGGGGAGAGAGCGGAUGAGACCGUGAGGCCUGCUGGGGCAGCUAUACCAUCUGGCGAUCCCCUCAGCACAAUGGCUUGCAGCAAGGAGUCGGCACAAAGACCAGCUAUGUGCAGCAGGAUGCGGCCAAGUGGAGACCAUUCCGCACCUCUUUAUGAGGUGCCCGGUGGUCCGGGCCUUCUGGGAAUGGUGGGCGCAGGAGAUGGCGGACAAAACCCCCUUGGGGUCACGGAGACGGAUGAUGCAGGUAUCCUUCCGGGGCCCCUGAUGAGGGUGGACAGAUCGCAGCUGGAGGACCAGAUGGCUUCAGAGAUCAUUAGGGCAGCAGUGCUGUGGGAGCUGUGGACUUUGAGGAAUGAGCGAUCUUGUGAAUUACCUUGCCCACCUGUAAAUGAAAAUCGGAUGCAGUCACAAAUCGAUGAUGUGGCCGCAGGACUCCGGAUAAUCACGAAUCUGGUCAAGGGGAAGGAAAAGGUCAAGGAAGAAAAGACCGAAAAGCCAGAGAAACUAAUGGGAGAUGCCAUGAAGUCUCUUACUGUAGAGACUAAAAAACCGGAAGAGAAGAAACCGGUAGAGAAGAAAGGAGAACCUUCGAGUCCGCCGAAGUCUCCAAAUGAAACAAAGGACCACACCACACAACCGGAGAAACCCAAGAGAAAGGAGAAGGUGAACAUGAAAUUGCCUUUCACAUUCUGCAACAAGAAAGAUGAAAACUUAUUCUUGUGGAUUGCCGAGAUUCAAACAUAUUGUAGUAUGGCCCCUGUUGAACGCGAUUCCCAGGUCGCUUUCUCUACUUCUUGUCUCGGAGGGGAAGCUAAGGAAUGGGUGUUGGCCGAAGCUAAUGCGGCAGGGUUCGAUGACAUUGGGGAGUGGGUUGAAACCUUGAACCUCAAGCAGUUCCUUGGUAAGAUCAAGGAACGGUUUUUGGACAAAACGACGGCCGACAAGGCCUUUGACCAGCUCACCACAAUUGGUCAGAAACACUGGACCUCUGUGGAAUCACUGUCUCAGGAAGUUGAUCGGUUGCUGCAGGUUCCGAGAUUGAACCUAGUCUUGUACAUCUAUUCCCGUGCUCUGCCCGAGCCCAUCCGUGGACAACUCGUGGUAGAAUCCAAGUUAGGUAAGUAUAACUAUAGGCAGUUUCGGGAUCUGGCUCUCCAACGAGAGCAAAUGACUUCUCAGGUUAAGAAUUCUUAUGCGUCUGUUGUGAAAUAUGGUGGUGGUGCAGGUAAAGGUAAGCAGAUACUUUGGCGCCAAAAGCGUCAGGACCACACCCUUGUCGUCUUUGAUGACGAUACCGUGGAGAAGUGGCCAUUGGAAGCCGAGGGUGUGGCGAGCAGCAGUGAUUCCGGGAAGGGGGAAGUCACUGCUGCCGUGGUCAACAGGGGAGGACCACGACCGCCAGUCAAGAAGAAGAGGCCACACUCGUUCCCAAAACGUCUCGGGAUUGCGACCGGGAAGCCUUGGGAAAAGAUGGGCCUAUCACAGGAAACGUGGCAGGAAAGAAUGGAUAACGCACAGUGUUUGAAGUGUGGUACCGCAGGGCAUGUGAUUGCAUGGUGGCGAAUAGGAGCAGAUGUAAGAAAAGUUCACUUUGCAGAGGAGUGGAAUGAGAUGCAUCAUCUGAAGAUCAUGGAAAGUUUGGGUGGUGAUGAGCUUUGGUUCGAUCGUUUUAUGGGCCAACAUGCUGCUUUCGUUUACUAUUGGGUAAUGGCACUCUGUCCUUGUCCACCCUGUCCACCCCAUACACUUCACAUGCUCGCUGUAGCUCUCGCUAAUCAUUUAUAUGACUGCAAUGAACCCAGAUCAUGAAUACGAUUGGCAACAAUGCUAGUCCAGAAUGUCAAGUCGCUGAUAAUUUCCAGUAAUCAAUAGUAUCCAGAAAG